GUCAGUUCCUUUGUCAAUCAUCCACAAAUUGUUACUUCCUGCCAUGUAGUGGCACAAGGUACUGGGAACAGCUUGAUUCAGAAGGACGUGAAUAUUAAGGAUCCAAGUUAACGAAGAAUAAACCUUAAGUGAAGAUGCACCCAGAUCUAUCCCCACACUUGCAUACGGAGGAAUGCAACAUUAUCAUCCAGCGUCUGAAACAGUGUCAUAGAGAACAUAGCUUCCUGAAGUUUCUGGGAAAAUGUAAUGAUAUUGACAGAGAGAUGAGGCGCUGCUUAGAGCUAGAGGUAAAAGCUAAGCGAGCCAGAAGCAGAGAACACGCCGCCAAGAUUCAACGCCGACUGAAUUCAUCUUCCGAGUAACUUUUCUUCCAGUCAGAUGGAGUGCCCAAACUCUGUGAACUCAUCUCCCAGAGCUGUUUACAGCCGCCUGGACCUUAUACACAAACCCAGUGUCAGUUGGGCUGAUUUUUGUUGUUUGACUACAUUUGCAUUUUCUGUGCUGGCAAAUGUAUUCUUAUUUUUUUUUGAUAUUUAUUGGGUUGGCUGAGUGUUUAAAUCUUCCACAAAUGGAUUGUUACACGACCUGUGAUGUUUAAACUCUGCAAUCUUCAUUCUGCCGCCGUGAAUUAUAUUAUCAUCACUCCACACUGACCUGCAGCUUAAUCACAGACCACUCUUACACUGACACCUGGUGGGCGUAGAACAUAUUGCAUUGGAAGGGCGAUAGAUAAAUUUUCCAGCAACUCGAUCUCGAUUGCUUGCAGAGAUAACAGUUUGGAGAAAAUAGUAAUUUUAGAAGUUUCCAAAUGAAUAAAGUUCAUGUUUUAUCAUUACUGUUUGACUUAUUAGAAAAAUCCAUUUUGUGAAAUAAUUUGCACACCACAGAAUGAAUGAUAACAGAUUCAGAGACCAGAGAACAGUAGAGCUUAGAAGGCGGCCCCUUGGCACAAACAUGGUGGGUCAACUAUGAUGCCAUUCUAAGGUAAUCCCAUCUGCCUGCACAUGGUUUGUAUCCCUCAAUUCCCUACCUGUUCAUGGCUGUCUAAAUGUUGCUAUUGUAUCAUUUUUGACCACCCUCUGUAUUUUUUAAAAAAACCUUGCCUUGCAUAUUUGCUUUAAACUUUCCCCCACUCUCACUUUAAACCUACGCUCCCUAGUAUUUGAUAUUUCCACUCAUUUGUAUCUAUUCUCCUCAAUUCCAUAAUCAUUCAUUACUGUUGCCAAACAAUCUGUCACUAACUUUAAAACUCUGUGUUCAUAUAAACCCUUUCUAUUAAUUUUAUGCUGUCCCUUACCUCCUUAGAUGUCCAUGGAUUGUUUUUGUUUUGUGAGGUGGAGGUUUUUUUUUGUCAUGGAUCAAACAACUCCUGAAUUAGAAAGAGUAUGGGGUAGAGCAGCAGCCAACUGAAUGGUUCUGAAAAUCAAAACAUUAUUUCAGCCUGAGAUCUGACCUCACCAAUAAUAUUAUCAGCUGGGAUCAUAGCAUAUUAAAAAAUUCAUGUUAAGUCAGAAUUGUUGAUAUUUUUGACACAUAACUCUACUUGUUAAAAGUCCAAUUCCCUUCUGUCUCCACCCACCAAUGCUCUACACACACACAUACUUCAAUGGUGCCAAUCCUGUGGAUAUGAUGGAGCUCUGCCUUUAGUUUUUCUUUUGGGUCUUUUGCUGCAUCACAGGAGGCACCGAGCAACUGGUACACAACUGAUAAAGUCUCUGCCUUUUCAGUUAAACAGAAAAGCUUACAUCAAUGGGUGGGAGAAAAAAGAUGCAUUUCUUCAGCUUCAGGUACUUGUACUGGAGAGAACAACUCCACUUCUACCCCAGAACCCCAAGGACUUCUCACUGUAUCCUCACACCCGCAUGUUGAUCAGCCACUGAGGAACCAGAGUGGCUCUGGUCAGGCUGAUGACCUUUGGCUUCCACAAGUCAAUCAGCAGCCUGUUGCUGACCAAUUCUCACUUUUUAUACAUACCCCAGUGCUAGCCCUUUUACAAACUGUUUUCCCCACUGCUUCGGCAAAGCAGCAGUGUAAACACCACACACGCUGAAUUUUAGUUGCUUGCUUUUUUAAAAGUACUGCAAUUCAUUCCCCAGUUCCUUGUCAUAAAACAGUCCCUUCCCCCAAUUUAGUCCACAAUCUAAAAAAUGUAAAAUAAAGAAAUAUAGUCUUUAUAAAUAAAUUACACACCUUACAUCUCAACUGCAAGCAGUUCUGGCUGGAGCAGUGCAAACAGGAACUUUUUUUUGAUGUGCUCACAGGAUGAUGAUAUCACUGGCUGGACCUGCCUUAGUUGCCCAUCCCUAAUUGCCCAGAGGGCGAUUAAGAAUCAACCACAUUGCUGUGGGUCUGGAGUCACAUGCCGGCCAGACUAGGUAAGGAUGGCAGUUUCCUUCCCUGAGGGGCAUCAGUGAACCUGAUGGGCUUUCCCUGACAAUUGACAAUGGAUUAAUGGUCAUCAUUAGAUUCUUAAUUUCAGAUUUUAUUGAUUUCAAAUUCCACCAUCUGCCAUGGUAGGAUUUGAACUUGGAGUCCUCGGAACAUUGCCUGGUUCUCUGGGUUAACAGUCCAGCAAUCAUGCCACUCCCCAUAAAUCAACUACUCGAUUGAUUGCUACAAUUGCAAUGUUGUGUGACUUGGUUAAGGUUGUUGACUAGAUCAGGGUGAGAUUUCUCGAUUACUUUUUCUCCUUUAUCAAACCCAGGACUAUGGAUGCCAAUUAUUGUGUCUUCACUACACUGACUGGAGAACUGACAGCAUAGCUUUGACCGAGAUCCAAAACUAGGCUCAUUAGGGCACAACAGUACAUCAGCACAAAUGUGAGAUCUAUUACAAAGAAUUAAAAGGGAAAAGCAUCUCAAUAUACUUUCAAAAAGUAUCAAAUGUAAAAUUGAAAAGUUUGUUCAUGUUGUACGUCUUUAGAUUUGCCCUCUGUUUAACCCCUGCAGAAUUGGGUCAAUCUGCAGAGGCUUUAAAUGGUAUCAGUCUUUCAUCUCCUACUAUCAACAGAGGACAGGCUGUCAUUUGUCUUUUCUAUUUAGUUGCAUCACUUCGAGAAACUCUCUCGCUUUAGUCAAAGUUGUUUCCUGCUCUUAUCUCCAGCGUAUUGGGAUGUGCCAGUCUCGAGCAGACUAAUCCCUUUCUUUAUCUUUCUGAUCUUCUUAAAGGCAUCAGCUUUUUUAAGCAUGGGCUUGCUAUAUAGUACAAUACCAUAUGUUUUUUCUUCACAUUAACUUUAUAAACAUUUUCACACUGCCUCUUCCCAACCAAAACAUUAGUUGGGGUUGUUAAUGGAGGGUUUUGGGGAGUUUCAGUUGAAGAGAAUUCCAGCUUAGUUUUCAAUGUGAUGCAGUCAGGGAACAAAGUUUUCCAGAGUGCUCGGGAUCUCUCUCUGAUGGCUGAACAAGUUGGAUUGUUCUGAAGGGAAAUGGUGAAGUGAGGUGGCUGGGGAUGUCCUCAAUGAAAAAGCUGGAACUCCUUUGAUGUCUCAUGGUUCUGUCAUCAUUACCAGUUUAGUUCCUGGCCUACCCAGUGCCAAAGACUCAGAGUCAUUGCAGAACUGAGGAAUUUCACUCAGCCCAUCAAGAAAUCCAUUCAACCCCAUUCCUUCACUCUCCAUGUAGUCAUAUAUGCUUAUUACCCUCAAGAGCCCACUGACAGCCCCUUGAAUUGUCUAUCCCAUUGGGUGGAUCCUCUAUGUCUGUGUGCAGAAGGCAAGAUAUGAUUGGCAUCUGCAAACUUGAUCAUGCAGUUUAAAGGACCUUUGGUCCCCGUCCAUUUCUUUUUGAAAUCAUUCAUGGCUUCAGUCUUAUUGCUGUCAAAGGUUAUUACCUCUCUCGGUGCUUUUCAAAAGGAAAAAUGUUCUGCUUCACGUUCCUCACUGCAUCCUGUGUGUCCUUAUAUGAUCAGCUAAUGGAAAGAGUUCCCCUUUGUUUACUCUAUCCCUCCUAUUGAUACUGUCAUCGUGGACGGAUGCAGCUGCAGUAGAUAGAUUGGUGAAGACCAGGCCAAGUUGUUUUUUUCCUUUAGUUGUCAGCUGUGAGCCCAGUCUGGCAGAUAUGUCAUUUAGAACCUAGCCGGUUGGUCAGUGAUGGUGUUUCUGAGACACCAUUGGUGAUGCCCAUUGAUGUCUCCCAACCAGUGUAUAUUAAGUACACUUAUUCCCUUCAUAGGUUCUUCCAUCAAGGAGGAACUCUCAUUCAUCAGUUGAGGGAGACUGCUCAGGAGGUUUCCAUGCUCAUGCUUGACCUGGGGUGCAGCAAGAAGCUGUUGGUAUUGAAACUCAUCUGGAAAAUGAAGCUAGUCUGCGCAACAGUGACCAAGUAACCAUUAUUGAUUGUGGUACAAGCCCAUGUGAUUCAUUCAUGCUCUUGAGGCAAAGAAUCUUUUUGAUCUACACGUGACUCCACACCUACAGCAAUUGGCAUGACUCUUAAUUACCCUCUGAGUGAGCUUGUCAACUCAAGGGCAAUUAACAAUGGGUAUCAAAUGCUGGCCUUGCCCAUGAUCGGCUCAUCCCCUAAAGGAAAAGGAAAACUUCACAAGAUCUGCAGUUGAUGCUGGUAACUCCCAGUCCCUGAAUGGCCUUAAUAGAUUGGGAUGGAUACUAUGUCCUAACAGGCCAUUUUGGAAAGAACAAUGCAAGGCUCAAUCUCUAAUUAAUUGGAUGCUGUCCCUCAUCACAAAUGGCCACUGACACUGUGGAGGGAAUAGUGAGGCAUUUUGUUACUUUCUUAAAAUUGUCCUGUUUUCUUUUAUAUUUAAAAAUGCAACUUUACAAAUAUUUGUGGUCUCCUUCCUGGAUAUGAAUACAGUUUCAAUAAUAUUAAAUCAUUCAAUUCAUCUGGUAGUAAAGUAUUUUUGUGAGCGACUAUAACUGAUGAGAUGAGGCAGAGUUAAUGUAUUGUUCAACUUGAUGCAUGUAGCACUCCCACAGCAAAUCCUUUUGAAUUCGGAUAAAAAUUAGAUGAUAGUACCCAAGACGGUUUCUUCUCUGUCUUUUUGUUAAAUGGCUCCAUUCUGCAUUCUACCCAUUCCAACAAACUUGGCCUGGCUUCUACAUACAAAUCGAGACCAAGGCAAUGACCUCAUUGCUCACUGCUCUAGGUAUCCGUGAGUAAACUCAGCAGUGUGUUCAUUACGUUUGUUGCCACAGUUCAUGCAAGGACAUGAAAAUGUACACCAGUAUGUUUGAUAUUCGUUUUGUACUGCAGCAGACCUUUUAUUUACAAUGCUUAUAUCUUUCACUUUGACUUUAUCCCGAUUGCAUUUUAAUGUAUCCUCUCAGUACUGUGUUAUACAUCAUUUUUCCCCUAGAAUGCACAAAAUCAUUUCUUCAAGAAUGUAUUUUCUCUCCUCCUUUCCUGGAGUUGAUGACUCAGUGAAGGACCCCAGUAAGUUGAAUCCUGGAAAAUUGUACCUCACAAGCCAUGUUUUGGAGAGGAUAAGAACACAAUUUUUUCUGGGAAAAUAAUUUGCAAAAUGGCUGAAUAAUUUGGUAAAACAUUAGAAUUAAAGAUUCCUCCUGGCGAUCAAUUGUAGCAGUAUUGUAAGUGCAAAGAAAAAAAAUGCAAUACCAAUUUUAGAACCCAUACAAUGUGGAAGCGAGCCGCUCAGCCCAUCAAGUCCACACCACCCAGGUGUGCCUCUACAUUUCCCAUGGCUAACCUACAGAACCCUGGAUACUGGGCAAUUUAAGCAUUGCAAAUCAACCUAACUUGCACAUCUUUGUCCUAUGGGAGGAAACCAGAGCAAGCCCACACAGAUGUGGGAAGAAUGUGCAAACUCCACACAGUCAGCUGAGACUGGAAUUGAACCUAAGUUGGCUGGUACUCUGAAGCAGCAGUGCUAGCUACUGAGUUCUCAUUUCACCUGUCACUCUUGAUUUGUAUGCAGAAGCCCAUCUUCCCACUGAAUGAACCAUAGGCAGCCUGGCAUUAUCCUUUCUCAUUUUUCUAAUUUAAAAAUACACGGGUUAAAAUUGACCAAAAAUAGCAGUGGGUAAAAGAAAAAUGCUGACCAAUGGGAAUGAAAGAUCAUGUGGUGUGAGAAGAAUACAAUGGAAAAUACCUAUUAUUAUAUGUAUAAAUGUAUAUUAGAGGGAGGAGCUAUAGUGAUAUAUGUACAGGCUUCAUUGGGAAACAUGCCAUAGCUCUGCCUGUAAAGCACAUAAUGUGUAAUAGAACACAACAAUUGGCCUGGUGUCAUUUGAAUCAGCAACCAGUUCUGUCCCAGCAAGUGUUAAAGAUGAUAGAAUUCUCUGGAGUUGACGCUUGGAAUGUGAUUAUUCCAACAACAUGGAACACACAUCAUUGUAUAAUUAACUUAUAACAGAUCAAACAGCAGCACCUGAAGAAUAUUGAAUUUUAACGAAAAAUUAAAGUGGCAUCGAUGAAGGCACUUAAAUAAAUGAUAUUCCCAGAUUCUACUGCCUUUUACCAUCUUCAAGUGUUGUUGAUGAUAUUAUAAUUUGUUAAGUAGAUGCUUUGAAAUUUCAUGUGUUACAUUCCACUUUGAUGUCAUGUGCUAGAAGAAUGCACACAUUUGGAGAUAACCAUUUGCCCAUCAUCUGUGUGCUAUCUCUUUGUUAUAAAUAACUGGCCUGAAUUAAGUGUUUCAUUUGCUUUGGUUAUUGGACGGGCACAUCAACACUUGACCUCUCCCUUGUGAGGAAUUGUGACUUAUUUUGAUUUGGCUUUUGACAAUGAUUGCGGGCCUGAUGGGUUCUAAUUGAGUUUAAACCUGUCUUUCAAAGGAACAUUUAGUCAGCCAGAUAUUACUUCAAUACAACAAAUGAAUGGUUUAUUCUCAUGUGUGUUUUACAUUGAAAUGUAAUAAAAUACAGUGAAAAGCU